AUGCAAAUCUUCGUCAAGACCUUGACCGGAAAGACCAUCACUUUGGAUGUCGAGCCAAGUGACACCAUCGACAACGUGAAGACCAAGAUCCAAGAUAAGGAAGGAAUUCCCCCAGAUCAGCAACGUUUGAUUUUCGCCGGAAAGCAAUUGGAGGAUGGCCGAACAUUGAGUGAUUACAAUAUCCAAAAGGAAUCCACUCUUCACUUGGUUCUCAGAUUGAGAGGAGGAGUUUACGAUCCUUCUUUGGCCAUGCUUGCCAGAUCUUUCAACUGCGAGAAGGCCAUUUGCAGAAAGUGUUAUGCCCGUCUUCCCCCACGCGCCAAGAACUGCCGCAAGAAGAAGUGUGGACACACUUCGCAACUUCGACCCAAGAAGAAGCUAAAAUAA